CCACCGCACGCAGUACGCGCAGGCCGCCGCCCGCCGCCGCGAAUCAUUCCACGAGAAACGGCCGAGCUCGUCCGACGUGCGUGUGUACAUCCAUGUGACCGUGUUCGGUUUAUCGAGUUUUUUUUUUUCGCCCUCUUUCGGAAACGAUUCAAAUAUUAUUGUCUUCGUCGUAUGCAUUUGUGCUCGCGCGCGCGCCGACAAUCGACGUGCACACACGACACACGCAUCGCGACCGAUCUUUUAGCGUCUCUACCCAAAUGACGCGCGCCCCGUCACGCACGUGAGAUCGGGCUGAAGACGUUUUCUCCUCGUUCCUUCGUCCCGACGACCGCCGCCGCCGCCGCCGCCGUCGCCGUCGACGACGAGUUUCCGAUUUCCGGCGGUGUGUUUCCCGUUUAGUGAGUAUAACCCGCGCCUAAGCCCGCCGCCGCCAUGUUCGACGUGUUCGGCUCCGUCAAGGGGCUACUGAAAAUCGACAGCGUUUGCAUCGACAACAACAUCUUCCGGUUGCACUACAAGGCGACUGUCAUCAUCCUGGUGGCGUUCUCGUUGCUCGUCACGUCCCGCCAGUACAUCGGCGACCCGAUCGAUUGCAUCGUCGACGAUGUGCCGCUCAACAUCAUGGACACGUACUGUUGGAUAUAUUCGACGUUCACCAUACCCAACCGUCUCGGUGGCCGCAUCGGCAAAGACGUGGUCCAGCCGGGAGUCGCGUCCCACGUGGACGGCGAGGACGAGGUCAAGUACCACAAGUACUACCAGUGGGUGUGCUUCGUGCUCUUCUUCCAAGCAAUGUUCUUCUACCUGCCCAGGUACAUGUGGAAGACGUGGGAGGGCGGCCGCAUCAAGAUGCUUGUGCUCGACCUCAACUGCCCGAUUAUCAGCGAAGAAUGCAAGACCGACCGCAAGAAACUGCUGAUUGACUACUUUGCCACCAACUUGCACACUCAGAACUUCUACGCCAUUCGCUUCUUCCUCUGUGAGUUCCUCAAUUUUGUCAACGUCAUCGCUCAGAUAUUCUUCAUGGACUACUUCCUCGAAGGUGAGUUCAGUACGUACGGUUCAGAUGUGCUGCGAUUCACUGAAAUGGAGCCUGAAGAACGAGAAGAUCCCAUGGCUCGGGUGUUUCCUAAAGUUACAAAGUGUACAUUCCACAAAUAUGGUCCAUCUGGAUCCAUCCAGAAGUUAGACGGUCUUUGUGUGUUGCCACUCAACAUUGUCAAUGAAAAAAUCUAUGUGUUCCUGUGGUUCUGGUUCUUAUUUGUUGCUGUACUCAGUGGUCUCAACUUGGUGUACCGUACAGCUGUUGUAGUGAUGCCCAAAUUCCGUUUGUUGUUGUUGAGAGCAAGAUCUCGUUUGGCUCCUCAGGACGAAGUCGAAACCAUUACUAAGAAGUGCCAAAUCGGUGAUUGGUUCGUAUUAUACCAGUUGGGAAAGAACAUUGACCCCUUAAUUUUCAAGGAACUUGUAUCAGACUUAGCCAAGCGGUUGGACGGUAAGCAGAGCGUAUAAAUAUGACUUGAUUCAACUUCAAAUAUGUAUUUAAAUACUAAAUUAAACACAAAAUUGUUAGCUUAGGAUAAUCAAAGAAUGGAUAAGCAAUAAUUUUAGACAAUUUGUUUUAUUUUUUCAAUAUAAUUUUUAUCACCCCAUAUAGAAGCAUAGAGCUAUCUAUUCAUAUUGUUUUUUUAAAUUUAAUUUCCGAUCGCCUUUAUCGGAGAACACAGGGGUUGUGCAGUUUAAAAAAUGUUGUGUUCAUGAAUAACCUUAUUGGUUUUUAAAAUGUGAUUGACAAUUUUGAAAAACAAUUUUCACAAUAUUUUCAUUUAUAUUCUUAUUUUUAUAACAAGGUAUAUUAUUGUUGGUCUCAUUUUUUCUUCUACAUUACAUACAAUAUAACUUCUGUGGCAUUUAAACAGGCUACAGACAUGUGUUGCGAAUGUGAUAUUUGGUUGCAUUCUUAACGACACCUAAUGUUAACAUAAUAUUUAGAGCAUUGACAACCUGUGGUUUCAUGCUAUCUAAUCCUUGUGAAAAUAAUGAUUGGCCAUUAAAAAUAUUUACUUGUAUGUUAAUAAUUCAUCUCUGCAGAUUACUUAAAACUUUAACUGUUUACUCUUUAUUAGGUACCUACAAUAUAAUAUUUAUUCAUCUAAAUACUAUAAAUUAUUUUAAGAUUCAUCAUUGUCACUACCCACUGCAGUGGUAGUGCCACUUCAUAAGUUUCAUAAUAGUGUUACUAGUUACAUUACUAGUAUAUUCUGCAAUAAUCGAAACAUCUUUCGAGUCUUCCAUUUUGAGCAAACUAUGUGUUCAUAUGUUUUAUGUAUUUAUAUUAAUUUUAACUAUAUUACUUUAACAUCAACAUUCCACAAUCAAACAUAUUCGGGUAAUAAAACAUAAUUUUUUAAUAUACCUGUACAACAAAAAAAGUAAAUUAUCGAAUUUCGCACAAACAUUGUACAAAAUUGUCUUAUUCUUUCUUAUUAAAUAUGUAAAUACGUAAAAAAAAAAUUUGGGCCUCGUGAAUGUCAUUUAUGAAUUAUAUAAAGAUAAUCAUGAAACAUAUAUGUGAUGCUAAUUAGCUGUAAUAAUUAUUAUUUUAGAUUUAGUUUUAAUACUGACUUUUUUUUUUUGUCUAGUUCUUAAGUUCUUAUGAUAUAAUACAUUUAUAUUAUAUUAUUAUUAUUAGCUAUAUAUUAUUUAAAUAUGUAUGUUAACAAUGAAAUUCCAUAAGUGCCUUUUUGUACUACAUAUAUAUAUAUAUAUAGUAAUAUUAUUGAUGUGCAUAUCUCGACGAAUUAUCAUGUACGCUCAAAAUUAAUUAUUCAACAUUCCAUAUUGAUAUUUAACUGUACGAUGACCACUUGGUGUAUACACACUCCUGAGUGUGUUGAAAAAACGCGCACACCACAGCUAUGUCAAUUAAGUCCAAAUUGACUGCCAAUAUAAGACUAUUAGAUACUGUUUUAUUCAAGACAAUAAAAAAUUUAAGAAAAAAA